ACUGGCAGUUUCCAUGGAAACAGGGCCCAGGAGGCAGGAGGCAGGAAGCGCGAAGGCGGUGCCCUCGCUGCACACUGACGGCUGUCAACCGAAGUUUGGAUUUCUUUCUUAAUGAUGGCAGAAAUGAAAGAAAUGGAGAAACUUGAAGAACCGCUCUUCAUUUUAGAAAAUGGGGAUGUAUACACAAACCCAACGGAAGUGAAAAUGAGUCAGCUUAUCCUGCCAUGUCAUGCUAACCACCGUGGAGAACUGAGCACAGGACAACUGCUGAAGUGGAUGGACACAACAGCCUGCCUUUCUGCGGAAAGGCAUGCAAACUGUCCCUGCGUUACAGCCUCUGUGGAUGAUAUCGACUUUGAGCAUACACUCAGCAUUGGACAAGUAGUAAACAUCAAAGCAAAGGUGAAUCGUGCCUUUAACACAAGCCUGGAGGUUGGAAUUACAAUCAUGUGUGAAGAUCCCUUAAGUGGAAUACAGUGGAAAGUCUGUAAAGCAUUUGCUACGUUUGUGACAAGAGGAUCAGGACUUGGAAAGGUGCAACUGAAGCCUGUGAUUCCCAGAACCUCUGAAGAACAAAUGGAAUAUAGCAUCGCUGCUGAACGCCGCCGGAUGAGGUUACACCAUCUGGAAACCAUCAAGGAUCUAGUCUCCUCCUGUACAGUUCAGGCUGAAUCAAAUUUUGAAGAAUCCCAGAGCACUGUUCCAGCAGGAAUGACACGAGUUGAGAGCAUUGAACUUGUCCUGCCACCUCAUGCAAACCACCAGAGUAACACUUUUGGAGGACAAAUCAUGGCUUGGAUGGAGAGUGUUGCUACGAUCUCUGCAAGUCGCUUUUGCAAAGGGCAUCCAGUGCUGAAGAGCAUUGAUAUGUUCCACUUCAGAGGACCCUCACAGGUUGGGGAUCGCAUAAGUUUGAAGGCAAUAGUUAACAACGCAUUUAAAACAAGCUUUGAAGUUGGUGUCUGUGCAGAAGCUUACCAUCAGGAAGAUUGGGAAUGGAAGACACACAUUAACAGUGCCUUUCUGACCUUUGUUAUGCUCGAUAAAGAUGGGGAGCUCAGCACGUUGCCCCGCAUUAAGCCAGAACCAGGGGAUGGAGAAAGGAGAUACCGCGAAGCAAGUGCACGGAAGAAAAUAAGGCUUGACAGAAAAUACAUAAUUUCAUGUAAGCAAACUGAAGUACCACUAUCUGUGCCGUGGGACCCUAGCAAUCAGGUUUACCUCAGCUACAAUAACAUUUCUGCACUGAAAAUGUUGGCUGCAAAACAAAACUGGGUUCUGAAUUGCACACAGAACAAGGCCAAACUGUUCACUCUGGAGGAAGGUCAGUUUCUGUCCUUCAAAGUAGAAAUGUCUGUUUCUGUAAACAUCAAGCAAGUUUUCAUGCUCCUGUCUGAUAUGAGCCGUCGACAUGAAUGGGACACCCACUACCAGAAAUUUGAGUUGAUACAAAAGGUGGAUGAGGAUGAUGUCAUCUAUCACGUGAUCGCCCCAUCAGUUAACAAGGAAAGUACAUUUCAAGACUUCGUUUUACUGGCGUCUCGUAGAGUGCCUUGUGCUGAUGGUGAUCCAUAUCUGAUAGCCCUCCGUUCAGUCAGUCUCCCUGCAGCCCCACCAACUGAGGGCCUUGUCCGAAGUGAGGUGUUGUGUGCAGGCUUUACACUUUCGGAAGAAGAAGACACUCGCACCAGGAUUACGUACUACAUUCAGGCCACCCCUGGUGUUCUCCCGUAUAUCACCCGUGAUAUUACUGGACUCUCUGCUGAUCUCUGUAAAAUCUUUGAGGCUUGUAAUAAGUUUCUUGAACAAAAUAAGGAUGUGGACAAAGUAGUUUUGUAAUAUUUGUGCAAUGUGGGCAGGGUACCUGUUCCUGCCCAGUCUGCAUCCCAGUAAUCCAGGGAGUUGAUGCAAGAGGAGCUAGGUUGUGGGAUAAAUGAGAUAUCGGUUCAGUUUUGACCAACUGGAACUCAAAUUCUAAUGUUAAGUUCUUUGGGUUGUCAUAGUGCAUAACUUUUGUAUAUUUUUGUACUAAUGGCACUGUUGUUGGAUAAUUGAGAUUGAACACAAAUGAAGUACAAUUAUGCAAUAACACAUCUGGUUCUUGGAAACUACUAUUAUCUGAUUAGAGAAGGGAUCACUGCAAUAAUUUGUAAAUUUGAGUAAAGUUUUUGUACAGAAUAAUAACUGCCUCUUGCAUACAGCAAUUUAUUACAGAUUACCAGAUUUAAUUUGUUAUCUUUUAUGAUUUUCAGAAGAAUGAACUUUAAAAAUGAAUAAAUGAGAAAUUUAGAAUAACUGUCGUUGAGAAAAGACAAUGAUGUUUUUAAUUGAUGAUCAUGUUACUGGUCAUUGAACUUACCAAAUAUGUUUUUUUGGAUAUGUACAGUGAGAUUUUUUCCCUAUUCUUUACAAUCUGCCAACAAAUUUAUGACAAGUGUUUUCUGUCAAGUUAAAUUUGACUUAUUUUAGUCUCUUUGAGUUGGAGUGUGGAUUCAAAAAGGUAUUUUAUCGUUAAGUCAUAAUCAAUUGUCCUUAUAACUGGAACUGGAAUGUUAGUGCUACAAUUUAGCACUGAAUCACAGAUCAAAAAGUUAAUUUAAUCCUAUAGGAGAGUCAAGGUUACUGACAGUAACUGAUUGUAUUGAUUACCACAAGGAAUUUCCAUGGUGAUUGUGGAAACCAGAUUUCCUGUGAAUUAGUUCUGUCAUUUGAAACACUAAAUAAAAACA